CCGCAUACGUAAUGAAGAGGUCUGGCGAAAAACGGUUUAACCAUCCGGAAGUUUUGUCGUUUAGCUGAGAAAAAUCGUCCAUUUCAGACAUUUAAGCCUUUACAUGAAUUAUUAUUUAACAUUCGGUUAAAGACUCAUCAGCUUAUUAACUUUAUUUAUUAACUUGUGUGCUGAGUUAGUCCUGUUGGUGGUGGUACGUGAAUGCACCGCCAAGUUGUCGACUACUCUUUUUUGCCACCGAAGAAGAAGAAACACGGAAGUGUCGGAUGAUAAUGAUGAUUAUUCAUAACAACUAGUGUUCAGCUCGAGUUUUGAAUCAAACUGGAACUGGAAUUGAUCUAUAUUUUUUAUUCCAUUUAACAUAAUGUCGUCUGACGGACACAGCUGUGCGUGCUGCUCCCUGCCUGCCGCUUCUCCCAGUGUUCACCAGACACUGACUGAGAUGGAUUUUGAACGAGGUAUCUGGUCUGCUGCGAUGGAUGGAGACCUGCAGAGAGUCACAUCUUUACUGCAGAAGGGCACAGACCCGAACCUGAGAGACUCGGCUGGAUACACAGCUCUGCACUAUGCAAGUCGCGGAGGUCAUCUGGCCGUGUGCCGGGUUCUUCUUGAGAGCGGCGCUUGUGCGUCUCCCCAGACGCCAGGCGGAGCCACACCGCUCCAUCGCUCUGCUUACUGUGGUCAUCUGAACGUGGUUCGCCUCCUGCUGCAGCACAGAGCAGACCCGACGCUCUGUGACGACGACGGUUCAUCCCCUUUACAUAAGGCUGCAGAACGAGGUCAUGAGGAGGUGUGUCAGCUGCUCCUGGAGAAAUGUCCAGCUCUCUGCAGCCAGCUGAACAACAGGCUGCAGCUGCCCCACCAGCUGGCACCGCAGGGGGAUCUGCAGGAGCUCCUAAAACCACCUCGGUGAAGAGAGACACUUUCGAUGUGACGUCAUCCUGUCAGGGCUUUCUGAACCUGUGGCAGCAGGGGGAGCUGUUGUCUGAAAAGCUGGAUGUGUUUUUGCCAGCUGACCAUGUGAAUCAGCUGGCAGCUCACACACAUUGACCUCUUUCGAUUCUCUCAGCACACUGUUGGAAAACUAAACAGGCAAACUGUUGGAGAGAGAAGCAUCAGUGAAGCUGUUACAGCUUCGACAUGGAUGGACACCAAAGUCAUCUUUAUGCUAUUGUAUUCCGUUACGUACGAUGUGUAACAGAUUAAAUGAGUUUAAAGGUGCAUUUGUAUCAUCAGACAUGUUUUAAAAAGUUCUUCAGUGCAAAUUUCAGGUGCGAGCAGAUGAUUGAUGGCUGCACUGUUAAUUCACAGGGCUCCAAACUACCUACAGACUACUACUAGGUGCACUGGCCCUUAAUAUAUUCACCCAAUAAUACAUUUUCUAAAAACUUCUAAGACCAACAGGAAUUAUAUUUUUUGUAUCAUAACUUUCAUUUGGAAAAAAAAAUUACAAUGAAAAUCAUGAGGAUGUGAUUCGGGGGGUGAUGGAAGCAUUACAGUCUCUGUUUUUA